GAAAAUCAUAAUACCAACGUUACCACUGCACCUUUUCUACCUCUUGUUACGAAUGUUAUAACGACCGCAUUAUUGACGCCCAAGCUCGACUGCACCAAAAAAGACCACUUUCAACGACCCAAAAGUAGCUUGCGACAUGAGCAACCUCAUCUCAGCGGUCUCAUGGGUUCGCCGCGGUGUUGCCCAGCAACAUCCAAUAAAAUACGUCUUGGACGACGGAGAGUUAGAGCGAGUGAGUAAGCUCGCUCGGAUAGAACUCGAAGAUGCGCGGAAAGAGCUCGAAAAGGCUCAUAAAGCUGCUAUGGAAAUGGGCAAAGGGGACGAAGAAGACGACGAUGAGGAGGAAAGCGAGGUUGUAGGCAUGGAUGCGGAUGGAAAGGACGAUGAAGGGGAGUGGGUCGAUGAAGAUAGCGAUGCAAUGGACGUGGAUUCUGGGCCCAAUGAUGCUUCCAAGAAACCCUCCAAACCCAAAAAUCCAGACGAUCUUACCGAAUAUAACUUGGACAAUUACGAUGAAGAAGAGGGCGGAGAGAUUGGCGGUGUUUUCAGCAGUAUCAAGGGCCUGACAUACUACAAGGACAAUAACGAAGACCCUUACAUCACGUUGAAAGAGGAUCCCGAGGACGACGAACGAGAAGAGCUCGAGGUGCUCCCCACGGAUAACCUGAUUGUGACCGCCAAAACAGAAGACGAGAUUUCACAACUGGAGAUCUAUGUCUAUGACGAAUCCCAGGAAAAUCUUUACGUCCAUCACGACCUUAUGCUCCCCAACUUUCCUCUCUGCCUCGAAUGGCUCGACUACCACCCUGCCUCGUCUUCUACAAAUUCUCAUCCAACUCCUGCGACUGAAUUCGGAAACUACAUCGCGGUCGGAACCCUCGAUCCUGAAAUCGAAAUCUGGUCCUUGGAUAUUGUCGAAGCGAUGUACCCCGCAACUGUCCUUGGUCGACCCGAUAAAACCAAGGCGCAUGUGCCCGUACCACUAGGAACCGGCAAGAAGAAGAAAAAGAAGAUGAAGGAACGACAGAAGGACGACAAAUGCCAUGUCGAUGCUGUUCUUGGGCUCAGCUGGAACAAGCAGAUCCGGAACAUGCUUGCGAGCGCUAGUGCUGAUCGGACAGUGAAGCUGUGGGAUCUGAGUCGGGACCCGGUGGCGGGUGGUGAAGGAGCUGGUGCCAUCCGAAGUUUCGACGUGCACAAGGACAAGGUUCAGGCCGUCCAAUGGAAUACGACGGAACCAAGUGUCCUCUUGACCGGAAGUUACGAUCGAACUGUCAGAACAUUCGACUCGAGAUCUCCAGACACGGGCGUUGGGGCUGCAGUGGGCAGCGAUGUUGAAGCUCUGCGAUGGGAUCCCUGGGAUAGUUACGGCUUCUAUGUCUCCUUGGAGAAUGGCAUGGUAUUGAAUUACGAUGCCCGUACCCUGCCAUCUAAUCUCGAGACACCAAGCGCUGCAAGAUUCACCCUUGCUGCACACGAUGGAGCUGCCUCCUCCCUCGACGUUAACCCUCAUCUCAAGGGAUGCAUCGUUACCGGCGGAACGGACAAGUUGGUCAAGGUCUGGAAUGUCACGGAGGACGAUAGCAACGGUAAACGACAAGUGAGCUUGGUCACAUCUCGAGACCUCGGCGUUGGCAAGGUGUUCUCUACCGUGUGGUCACCGGACGAUCCUCUCACCCUUGCCGCUGCUGGUUCAAAAGCCAAAUUGCAAUUGUGGGAUGUUGGGUCGAAUUACGGCGCCCGCAAAGCUUUCAGCGCCAAAUUGAAGGAUGCAGGCAAGGUACUGAAGGAAAAGGCUGAGAGCGGCGGUGUCGUUGGUGUUGUCAGUGACGGUGAAGAGAGCGACAAUGACGACGAUUGA